CACUGACCAAACGACCAAAUCUAUAUGAAAAUGUUUCCGCUGCGAAGUCAGUCGUUGUCGAUUCAUCAGUAUAAUAAGUGCUUGCUCAGGAAAGAUACAGCCACAGCAACAGCAGCAGCGGUUGUAGCAACAAUAAUAAGGCGCGUAACUAAAUUUACGAAAUACGAGAAUUGUAGUGUAAUAACAAAAAACACCGACACCAACAACGGAGUGUCGUCAGUGUCCCUGAAUCGUUACUUCCCUCAACGUAAACAACAAACACCGUUUGCCUACCCACUGACCACAUUUGUUUCGAGUAAUCGUGCAAUUACAACAACAAUGUCAAAUAAAAGUGAUGAUAUAAAUGUACGUAACUACUAUAAUGUGGCUUUAGAAUUGGUAAUGAAAUGUGGUCCACUGGUGCGAGAGGGUUACAACACAACUAAUGCGGAUUACAAACAGAAAUCGGAAUUUUUCGAUUUAGUCACUAAAUAUGAUAAACAAAUCGAAGAUAUACUCAUUGAGGGUUUGCAAAAAGCUUUUCCCGAAUCGAAAUUCAUUGGUGAGGAGGCUGCAGCGGAAAGCGGUAAAGUGCCAGAACUAACUGAUGCACCCACAUGGAUUAUUGAUCCCAUUGAUGGUACAACAAAUUUCAUACAUCGCAUACCACAUUGGUGUAUAUCGGUUGGGUUGGCCAUUAAUAAGGAAUUGGUGGUGGGUAUUGUGUAUAAUCCCAUAGCAAAUGAAAUGUACUCAGCAUCGAAGGGAAAUGGCGCUUAUUUAAAUGGGCAGCCUAUACAUGUCAAAAAAUGUAAUAAAAUGAACGAUGCCGUGUUAGCUUACGAAAUCUCGCUCAUCCAUGCACCCGCAGUACGUGACAAGAAUGUGAAACGCCUUUCGAAACUUGCCGCUAAUAGUACAGGCACCCGUUGCAUCGGCAGCGGCGCACUGACCCUGUGCUAUGUUGCACGCGGUAGCUUCGAUUGCUAUCAUGUGGAAGAUCUACAAGCAUGGGACAUUGCAGGUGGUGCAGUUAUAUUACGUGAAGCCGGUGGUGUUCUCUAUCAUACCAAAGGUGGAGAAUUCGAAAUAAUGAAACCAAAUUUGAUAGCGGCUGCAACACCAGAAUUAGCAAAGAUCAUGGUGGGUUUGAUUGAGGAAGCCGAUGCUUUGACUGAUUUCACAUUUAAAUAAUGUAUGCUGCGCUGAUUUUAACGAACUCAGUUGGGUUACUCUUCUAUAACUUUUUAAAUUUAAUCUCAAAGCAUAAGAACGAGAAAUUAUUGCAAUAAUAGUGAAAUAAAAUAUUGAAAAACUUA